GACUGGUUCGUGGCGCAGUCCCCACUACGUGGCCUGGGUCCCAUGCGGUCACGGCUGCUGCUGUCGCGGCUGCUACUGGCUGCGUUUGCACUGAGCGCGCCACCUGCAGUGUUCUUGUGGGCUGCCUACCCCCUGAUGGCGGAGGGCCGUGAGCUGCUCGCACCUGCACUCUUCCCCUUCAGCAUCGACUCUCCUCUCGUCUACUAUGCUGUCUACGUUUACCAGUGCACCUGCCUUAUACUCAGUGCCUACAUCGUUUUGACGACAGACAUGCUGAUGGCGACCAUGAUCCACCUGUCGUCGGGCCAGUUCGCCGUGCUGUCGGACAUGGUGCGCUGCUCCGGGAGGCUGGCCGUGGACCGCCGCGGCGCUCGCCAGCCGGAGGUGCCCACCAUGGAAGCUGCCCUCGCCUACUGCGUCCAGUUCCACGAGCGACUGCUGCGCCUGGUCGCCGACCUCGAAAGCGUCAACUGGUUCAGCAUGGCCUUCAACUUCGGUGUACAAUUAGUCAUCUUGAGUUUUCUGGCGUACGAAGCACUUACGUCCACAGAAGCAGAGGACGUGUCCAAAACCGUGAAGAAUGUCACCUACCUGGCCGUCGCCGUCAUGCAGCUGUUCCUCCUAUGCAGCAGCAGCGACGACCUCAUGGCUGCAACGCUGACAAAGGCCUUCUCUUACUUCACAGUCCUGCGACAGAUCAAGGGCACCAGCUAGAUGCCAACAGAUCAAGGGCACCAGCUAGUUGCCAACAGAUCACGAGCAGCAGCUAGAUGCCAACAGAUCAAG